AAAACUCAACCAAUUUUCAAAAUUGGAGGCUGAAUAUCCACGAAAAUUAAAAUAAAUUAAUUUUUUAUUAAAUACAGCAUAAAUAUCGAUAUAAAAAGGUGUUUUAAGUACAAGAGUGUCAUUGUUUUGCUGAGAAAAGUGUAAAAUUAGUGUGAAUAACGUUAUAAAGAGAUUUUAAGUGAAAAAAUUAAACUUCGCUUUCACGCGAAAAAAUGGCAAAUCGAUUUGACCAACGCAAAAAGCCAUUCCCGACCGAUCCACCAUUCAUUGCUUUUGUCGGAAACUUGCCACAAGGAGUCGUUCAGGGCGAUGUCAUUCAGAUUUUCAGCAAGCAAACUGUAAAAAAUGUUCGACUAGUAAAGGAUAAGGAAACUGACCAGUUUAAAGGAUUCUGUUAUGUCGAAUUCGAUACACUUCAAGACUUGGAGGAAGCUGUUAAUCUGGACGGACGCAUUGUUUUAGACAAUAAUCCUCAACCCUUAAGAAUUGAUGUUGCUGAGCAGAAAAAGAACGAUCGCGGGGGCUUUAAUAAUCGACGUGGAGGAGGCAUGAUGAACCAGAAUCGCGGAUUUAAUAAUGGUAAUAAUCGUGGUGGUCCAAGUAAUCGUGGGAGUUAUAACAACAGUAAUGACAACAACUAUCGACGAAAUGACAGCUUUGAAGGUGGAAACAUGCGUGGACGAGGCAACUAUAAUGAUCGUGGAGGAAGCAACAGAAGCCACUAUGGGAACUAUAAUGAAAAUAAUGAUAACUAUCCAAGACGUCAUGAUGGAUAUGAAGGAAAUAUGCGUGGAGGAGGGGGUCGAAAUAAUUAUAAUGACAAUCCUAAUUCAGAUCGUGGGAAUCGUGAUGAUCGAUACAAUAACUUUGGGAAUCGUGGUGCGCAUCAGCAUCCAAGCCGAGGAGGUGCUGGUGAAAGAAGCGGUGCUGGAAGUGGUGGAAGUGGCAGUGAAUCUGGUGAAAGAAGAACUAGUGAAAGCAUGUCACAGUUAUCACUUGAAGAACGUGACGCAGGCAGACCAAAGUUGAAGCUUGCACCACGUACGGUAAAAGAGCCUGUUAAUGGGCUGGCUGAAACUAAGCAAGCUGCAGCUAUAUUUGGGAUGGCAAAACCCAGAGAUGAAAAGCCAAAAGAUGAAGAUGAAGAAGAAGGAGGAGAAGAACAGCCAGUUGAAUAACUGAAUCGUUUAUUAACGCAUAAUUUUUAGAUGCGCAGGACGUUUUACACUUACUACAACACAACAUCAAACAACAAGAAGAAGAAAAAAUAAUAAUAAUAAUAAUAAUGAGAAAAAAAAACUUUUACUGUAAACACUUUUGAUUUUGAUUUAGAAGCGAUAUAUCGCAAUUUAUGUGGUAUAGAUUUAUUAAUUAUUCUUUUAAUGACACUGCAUGGAACUGACAGUAAGUUUAGUGGAUGUGUACGAUGAAAGAAAACAUGAAAAACAAAAAAUCUCACAGUUUAAUGUUUGAAUAUUUAACUUUUCAUCUCUUAGCAUAAAUUAGGGCUCGACAUCGAGCUCUAUGUCAUAGUAUCCUUCAAAUUGGAUGGAUAUAUAUGAAUAAUGUUCAGUUUCAUCAUGUCCUUAUUUUAAAAUAUUUUUUUUUAAUUUUGAUUUUAAUAGUUCUUAAGAUAAUACAAAUGAUUUCGUUUAGUUAUUAUACUAUGUCCUGCCU